UGUUUUGACUAGUUCUGAGUAUGGUCAUAUGCUUUUUGAUCGCGGUAAAGAGUUUGUAGUUGAUGAGAUGCUUUCUUACUAUUCUACUGCUAUAAGAGGGUUCAAAUUCGGUUUUGAGAUGCUUGCUUCUUAUUUGGCUGAGAAUUGUGACGAUGAAUCUUUUUAUGAGCUCAUUCUUCCACAGGGGUACCAAUUGGAUUCUAAAUUUACGAAUUCAAUAGUGUUUGUAUUGGUUAAACAUGGUGACAGUUGCAAUGAUAAGAAUCUGUUUGCAAAAUUUUCAAGUAGAGAUUGUAUCACCAGCUAUGCUUGUGUUGGUUUGUUGUUUGAUCAAUAUAGAAUGCCUGAAACCAGUUUGUGGAAUCCCUACCCAGAGGUGCUAGUUAUAGCAAGUUCAGAAUUAUUUCAGAAAUUACUGAGUUACAUGGGAAACAAUAAUUAUGAGUUGGUCUUUUCGAAUGCAAGUAGUUACGUAAUUGCUGCUGCGACAGUGUUUGUGAAAACACCUCGAGGAGAUAGUGAAGAUUCUGACACAUUGAUUGUUGACAAAGUGUACUCAGUAGUUACUGUGAAGCGGAGAUAUGGUUUUCUUGAAAUGUCUGAUAGAGUAGUGUGCAGUUUAAGAAGUCAAGAAUGUCUCAAUGGUGGACGGGAUGUUUCUGGAAAGGUAUUUGAUCGUGGGAGGUUGCUAGAACUGAAUAAAAGAUUCGAGUUAUGGUUUAGUAUCAAUCUACGGUAGCAAGUUUCUUGUUCAAUUACUCUGGAAAUAUGUCAUUAAGUUUCAGAUACUUGUGUGGAAGGAAGUACUCGAGGAGUUUCGUCAUCCAGUUUCCUUAUCAGAACUCACUUGCACCUUGUUCAUGGUUGGCUGUGCGAGUGGUAUGUGAUGGUUUGUCUUUUGGCUGGAAAGAACUCGUCACAAGUAUGGUGGGAAUCAAAGUGAUGCUUAUAAAGUUUUAUAUUGAUGAGCGAAAUGGAGUUCACGAGGGGUUGAAGGAAAAUCAUAAUAAUAGAGAAUCUACUUGUGCAAGACUAAUUCAAAUUAAGAAACAAGAAUCUGUAGAAAUUCUGAACUACUUCGUGCGUGGCAUUCCCAGCUUGGUUAAUUCUCGACAGUACCUUCCUUGUUGUAUGGUUUUUGAAGUAUAUGAAUAGAGAGUGGAAAUAAUCCAGAUCAGUGAAGAAGAUGUUAUUCUCUUGCAACAGAGACAUGGAUUUAUAUUGUCUUGUUUUUGCUUACGGAGUAUGGGAAAAGCUAGUAGCUAUGAAUGGAUCAUCACCGAGUUACAACCUAGAGUACCUAGUUGUAUGGUUUGUGGUAAUAAUCCUUGGUGUUCAUGCUGGAAGACAGUCAUUGUAAGGAUGGUGGGAAUCAAGAAGAUGCUGCUGGUGGUUAAUUGUUCUUGCACUCACCUAGAGGUUACAAUUUUCAGAGCAACUACCUUGGUAACCCAAAUAGGCAGUAUUAUAAAGGCCAUCAGAGUUAUCUGCGAAGAAAUGUGUAUUACAAGUUUGGGUCUUCAAGAGUUUACAUCUGACGAAGUUUUGGUGGAAAAAUUUUCCCUAGCCUUGCAAUACUUCUGGAGCUAUAAGAGUAAUAUCUUUGAUAAGUACAGAUCAGGUUACAUAACGCAAAUUUUGCUGGAUAUUUCGAGUUCUUCCCAAGUCAUGAGUGGCAACAGUUGUACUGGGUUAUAGGAGGCAGGGGCUGUAACAAGCUCCUUAUAGCGGCAUCUGGGUGUUUUAUUGGGACUAACCGACAUCUUGUGAAGCAACAUCAGACCUCCACAUCUGAUAGCUCAACAAAGCAAGAGGAAGAUGAGGCUCUCAACUACAUGGCUGUGAUACAGAUUUCACAAGAGAUGAAUGUAUGUUGUGCAUGGGUUUACAACCAGGAAGUGAUUAAGUCUGCAGUCUUUGGGGAGGUUCUUCGAGUGUUUGGUUUUUCUUGCACAGGUUCAAGUGUUAUAAUCUCUUCAUUACAGGUCCAUGGAAGUAUUGAGAGGCUAAGAAAAAUCAUUAAGGUAUCUCUGAAUUUGACCAUGCCUUGUCUGCAAUCCUUAUAUUAUGUCCAGCAUAACAAUUGUUGUUGCCACCGUAUGUCUGAGUUCAUGCCUGUUGUGAUUUUCACCCAAAUUGAGUUGAUCUUGGUGGUCUCAUUGAGAUUGAAAUACACCGGGUUAUCUUCGAACUUAUGGAGAGAGGAUCUUACAUCUCAGAAAAAGGGGUAUCAUUAAUAUAACUCUGUGGAUGUUAAUUGAAAUUGAAACUUAUAAUGAGAGCUCUGUCCAUACCGGUGAUGCCAAGAAUUACGAAGCCACUGAGUCUGUUUUUUUAGAGAAAAUAAGCUCAGAUUUCUUGAGUGCAUUGAUCAUCUUUGAAGGUGGAGUAUCAACUAUUUUAGAAAGGGAACUACAACUAAGACUGACGCUUACAGUUCAGAUGAAUGGUUUCAGCUUUUCAUGGUUCCGAGUGUUGAAGCUUGUGAAGUUCACAUUUCCUACAGUAUUCGAGAUGAAACUCCAAGUCUGUGACAGCUGCCCUCUACAUUUAUCGAGCUCAUUUCAUAUCCUUGAGGACAAGGAUAUUUUGAAGGAGUGGGAUUUGUCAUGCCCCAGCUAUGGGCUGUCCCACUUGUCAAGGGCAUACCGGAUGUUAUUUAGUAAACCUAGUAACAGUAGGCGUGUGAGCGGCAUGUGCCGGUAGUUGAGACUGUUUUUCCCUUAUGAGCUUCAAUCUUCUGUAAUUGCUUCUUCAUGAAAAUUAGUAAAUCAAAAUUAUCUCUCUCUAGAA